AUGGUCAGGAAGAGGAGAACUGAACUUCCUAGUGGAGGUGAAAGCUCUGAGUCGCAUGAACCUUCUGGGGGUAGUGGUCGUGGUUCUCAGCGGGCUGCUGAAAGGACUCCACCACAACAACAGGCUGGAGGAAGCUACCAAGGUGGAAGGGGAUUGGGCCCCCAGGGAGGACGUGGAGGCAGCUAUGGUGGGGGUCGUGGAGGCCGUGGAGUGCUACAACAGCAGCAGUAUGGUGGGCCCCAAGAAUAUCAAGGCAGGGGAAGGGGAGGGCCGACUCAGCAAGGAGGUCGUGGAGGAUACGGAGGUGGUCGUGGCAGUGGUGGUCGUGGAGGACCACCUUCUCCAGGUGGCCCAGCCAGACCACAAUUUCCCGAGCUGCACCAAGCAACCCCAGUUCCUUAUCAAGCUGGGGUCACCCCUCAGCCUGCGUAUGAGGCGAGUUCGUCGUCAUCGUCCCAGCCACCUGAGCCUUCAGAAGUGGUGGCACAGUUUAAGGACCUUUCCAUCGAGCAAGAGACUGCACCUUCACAGGCUAUUCAACCUGUGGCGCCAGCGCCCUCAAGUAAGUCAGUCAGGUUCCCUCUUCGCCCUGGUAAGGGUAGCACCGGCAUAAGGUGUACAGUCAAGGCAAACCAUUUCUUUGCUGAACUACCAGACAAAGAUCUCCACCAAUAUGAUGUUACUAUUACUCCAGAGGUCACAUCAAGGGGUGUAAACCGUGCUGUGAUGGAGCAGCUAGUGAAACUGUAUAGGGAAUCCCAUCUUGGAAAGCGUCUUCCAGCUUAUGAUGGACGAAAGAGCCUGUAUACUGCUGGACCACUUCCUUUUCUUUCAAAGGAGUUCAAAAUCAUUCUCAUUGAUGAUGACGAUGGACCAGGUGGACAGAGGAGAGAGAGGGAGUUCAGAGUAGUCAUCAAGUUUGCUGCACGCGCUGACCUGCACCAUUUAGGUCUCUUUUUGCAAGGGAGGCAAGCUGAUGCACCUCAGGAGGCGCUUCAGGUUCUGGACAUUGUUCUACGCGAAUUACCUACUUCUAGGUACUGUCCUGUGGGCCGUUCAUUUUAUGCCCCUGAUUUGGGCAGAAGACAGUCACUUGGAGAGGGUUUGGAAAGUUGGCGUGGUUUCUAUCAGAGUAUUCGUCCAACUCAGAUGGGGCUGUCUCUGAAUAUUGAUAUGUCAUCUACUGCCUUUAUUGAGCCAUUACCAGUUAUUGAAUUUGUAACUCAGCUACUGAAUCGGGAUGUUACACAUAGGCCACUUUCCGAUUCUGAUCGUGUAAAGAUAAAAAAGGCUCUUCGUGGAGUCAAGGUUGAAGUAACACACCGAGGAAAUAUGCGAAGAAAAUACCGUAUAUCUGGUUUAACGUCGCAGGCAACUAGAGAAUUGACUUUUCCUGUUGAUGAAAGAGGAACUAUGAAAUCUGUUGUUGAGUACUUCUAUGAAACCUACGGUUUUGUCAUUCAACAUACACAAUGGCCUUGCCUUCAAGUUGGAAAUCAGCAGAGGCCGAACUAUUUACCCAUGGAGGUUUGUAAAAUUGUCGAAGGGCAGAGGUACUCUAAGAGAUUGAAUGAGAGGCAGAUUACUGCUUUGCUUAAGGUGACCUGUCAGCGCCCUCACGACAGAGAACAAGAUAUCAUGCGGACUGUCCGUCAUAAUGCUUACCAUGAAGAUCCUUAUGCAAAGGAAUUUGGAAUCAAAAUUAGUGAGAAUCUGGCUCAGGUUGAAGCUCGCAUUCUUCCUCCACCCUGGCUUAAAUAUCAUGAUACUGGAAGGGAAAGGGAUUGCUUACCCCAAGUUGGACAAUGGAACAUGAUGAAUAAGAAAAUGGUUAAUGGGGGAAAAGUAAACAAUUGGAUUUGCAUUAAUUUCUCAAGGAAUGUCCAAGACAGUGUGGCCCGUGGAUUCUGUUCUGAACUUGCCCAAAUGUGUUACAUUUCUGGCAUGGCUUUUAAUCCAGAACCAGUUCUUCCACCGUUCAGUGCUCGACCUGAUCAGGUGGAGAAGGUCUUGAAAACUCGGUACCAUGAUGCGAUGACUAAGCUUCGGGUCCAGGGCAAGGAGCUGGACUUGCUUGUUGUUAUUUUGCCAGAUAAUAAUGGUUCUCUUUAUGGUGACUUGAAACGAAUCUGUGAGACGGAUCUUGGCCUGGUAUCCCAGUGCUGUUUGACGAAACAUGUAUUUAGAAUGAGUAAACAAUAUUUGGCAAAUGUGGCAUUGAAGAUAAAUGUAAAGGUUGGGGGAAGGAACACAGUGCUUGUUGAUGCACUGUCAAGACGUAUUCCCUUAGUCAGCGACCGGCCUACUAUAAUUUUUGGUGCUGAUGUUACCCAUCCUCAUCCAGGGGAGGAUUCAAGCCCAUCAAUUGCAGCUGUUGUGGCUUCUCAAGACUGGCCUGAGAUUACCAAGUAUGCUGGUUUGGUUUGUGCUCAAGCCCAUCGCCAGGAGCUCAUCCAAGAUCUUUUUAAAACCUGGCAGGAUCCUGCGAGGGGGACUGUAUCUGGUGGAAUGAUAAAGGAACUGCUUAUUUCGUUUCGUAGAGCAACAGGGCAGAAGCCACAGCGCAUCAUAUUUUACAGGGAUGGUGUCAGUGAGGGGCAGUUCUACCAAGUUCUACUAUAUGAACUUGAUGCAAUUCGUAAGGCUUGUGCUUCAUUGGAGCCAAACUAUCAGCCUCCUGUGACUUUUGUUGUGGUUCAGAAACGUCAUCAUACAAGAUUGUUUGCCAACAACCAUCAUGACCGCAAUACAGUUGACAGGAGUGGGAAUAUCUUACCUGGUACGGUCGUGGACUCCAAAAUCUGUCAUCCAACGGAGUUUGACUUCUACCUGUGCAGUCAUGCAGGAAUUCAGGGUACAAGCCGUCCAGCUCAUUACCAUGUGUUGUGGGAUGAAAACAAGUUUACAGCUGAUGCACUGCAGUCACUCACAAAUAAUCUUUGCUAUACAUAUGCAAGAUGCACUCGUUCGGUUUCCAUUGUUCCUCCCGCGUACUAUGCCCAUCUUGCUGCGUUUCGAGCUCGGUUCUACAUGGAACCCGAGACAUCAGACAGUGGAUCGAUGACAAGUGGUGCUCCUGGACGUGGGGGCAUGGGUGCACGUAGCACACGAGCACCAGGUGCAAAUGCUGCUGUGAGGCCUUUGCCAGCCCUCAAGGAAAAUGUCAAAAGGGUUAUGUUCUACUGUUAG